AUGACAAAAGUAUUUUACCGUUCCAAUAGCGACGACACCAACGACGAAGCAACAACUUCGCAAUCCAAAAAUGCGAACCGUGAACAAGACCCACCCGUCAAAAUCGACAACACUGAAAAAGAAGCUACAAAAGCAAACAAAAUCCAAGCAAACAUUAGUAUCAACAACGAUGACAACUCACAUCAAAAACACCGAAAGCGACGAUACAAGAUGGAACAAUAUCCCAGCAACGAUAACGACUCACCAAAAAUGAUGAAACGUAAUCAAGACCAUCCUAGCAUGUCAUUUUACGACCCUCUAGAAAAGAAAGAAAAGUCAGUUGACGAAAGAAAACAAAAAAGAGAAGAAUUAGUACUUAAAUUGUACCAGUUCCACAAAACUCUCGGCAAUCCCGGCGAAGGACGUACCUACAAAAAAGUUAGUGAUGAAAGUAAAGAGAUAGAAUAA